AUGCAAGGGGAGAAGCGGCCCCGGUGCCUGGAGGAGUAUGGAGACUUCACUUUUGAUGGAGACAUCCGCCACUUCGCCGUGGCCUCCAACACGCUUUACAUCGCUACAGAGGAGAAGCUGUACCAGCUGAGCCACGACCUGACUCUGGUCCAGACUGUGACCCAGAGAGGAAUCUUGAAGGAUGGGCAUACUUUUAAUCCGCAGUUUAAUCGGGUUUCUGAGACAGACGAGGGAAAAGCAACUUUCAGCGUCAACAUUUUGUUGCCGUUUGUUAAGGAGGACAAACUGAUCAGCUGCGGUGUGAUCGAGUGCGGUUACUGCGAGGUGCUGGACCUGAACAACAUUUCAAAUGUACUGUUCAAGGAGCACACCUCCGUGGGAUCCCCAUGGCGCAGCAGCGCGUCCGUCGGUUUCUUGGUGGAUGUUGAGGAGGAAAGUACUCAGACUUAUAUUCUGAGUGCCAUAGAGCUAAUCAAAGGCAAAUCUACAAAAACCACCUGCUCCGCGGUUACAGAAGCCGUGUUCCUUCAUAAUACGAAUGACAGGCAGAAAGGACUAAUAUUUUCCAAUGUUGGUGACUCCAUUACCUUUUCUAUCACUCCCGAAGACAGUGUGGAGUUCGUGGAUGGAUUUCAGGCCGAUUUAAUCAUUUAUCUUUUCUCCAACCUCCCCCCAAAGGACAAAAGCAACAGAGUCCGUCUCAUAUGGCUCGAGAGCAAAGGGGGCAAGAGGGACACUCUCAGGUCUCUGCGGGGCGCGACUCUCAGUGUCUCUGAUGGUGGUAAGGGCAGCAGACUGCUCGCCUCCUCCGUGAUCCCGGGUGGGCCGCCGGUGCUGUGGAGCGGCGUGUUCAGUGUGGACGGAGGAGAAACCAACACCAAGCUGGUGCUGUUUGACAUCAGCCCGGAUCUCACCGGAGGCCCCGAUGACGAUCCAGACUUCUGCAGUGUUUGCCGUCAAAGCAGAACGACGGUGUCGCCAAAGACUCUGAAGCCAAAGGCAGUUCUCUUCAGGCAGAACAGCAUGACCUCUGUGCUGGCAGUGAGACAGAGGGCCUGGAUGGUUUUCUUCAUCGGGACAGGAGAUGGGCAGCUCAUUAAGCUUGCUGUGGACAAGAACUAUCAGGCCACCUGUCCGACAGUGCUCUACAGGGCCAAUGAUGAUCGCAAAGUGUUUCCCAAAAUACAUCUGGAUCAAGUUGGUCUUAAACAUGUGUACUUGCCAUUUCAAAACCAGAUGAAGCGUGUGCCUGUGUCACAGUGCAGCACAUACACAAAGGUGGAGGACUGUUGGUCUGCACAGGAUCCGUACUGCGUCUGGUGCGGCUCUAAAAGAAGUUGCACAUUCCAAGAUGAAUGCCGAGAUACAGACUGGUUAUCUAUUCCUGAUGAUUUUCAACCCAAAAUGGUUUCUUACAAAGUUGUAAAGGACACUGACCAGAUCACACUGAACAUCCACACACACCUGACUGUGGGCGAGAAGGCAGGGUCUAACUUUAACUGUGAAUGCUUAUCAAGUCCCAGUGGGUUUUUUCUCCAGACAAAACCUCCACCAAAUUUCCCACAAUGCACCUGCAUUCUUUCAAACAGAGCACUUCCUGCUGAAGGGCUGCGCGUCACAGUUAGGAUGAGAUUUGGGACGACGGAAUUGUCAAAUGAAUUUAAGCUCUUCAACUGCUCUGACAUCAGGGGACCACCAACUUCUGCCCUGUGA